GUGAUAGUGUUCUAUGGAAUUUUGAAUGUAAUGCCACCAUGGAGAUGAAUCCAGAGGGCCUACCUUCCCUGGACUACAGGGAAGAGGACCCCCCUCCCAACAAACACCUCAAGUACCACACCAGCCUGCAGAACAUGAUCCCAUUCCGCUUCUCAAACAAGUCCAACCCCAUGGACGAUGCGGGCUUCUUCUCCUUCACCUCGUUUGCCUGGAUGACUCCCAUGAUGUGGAGCCUGUUCAGGAACCAACUGGACAGGAGCUCCCUGUCUCUGUCUUCUCAUGAUGGGGCCGAAACCAAUGGGAAGAGGUUUGAGAGGCUUUGGGAGGAAGAGGUAGCUCAGGUGGGACUAGAGAAAGCUUCUUUAGGCAGAGUCUUCAUGCGCUUCCAAAGGACCCGAUCACUGGUGGCCUUCCUCAUCACCAUCUUCUUCACGCUCUCUGUGUUUAUCGGACCGGCGGUCCUGGUGUAUGAGAUCCUGAAAUAUGCAGAAGCCCCUGGGACGUCUACUCUGCUCCACGGUGUGGGUCUGUGUGUGGCUCUGUUCAUCUCAGAGUUCUCUAAGGCCUUCUUUGCCUCUCUACUGUGGGCGGUGAACCUGAGGACGGCCAUCAGGGUGAAGAGUGCUUUCUCUGUCGUCGCCUUCCAGAAGAUCGUCUCUCUCAGAUCCGUCAGCAACCUCUCUGUGGGAGAGAUGAUCAACGUGCUGACCAGUGAUGGCUACCGGAUGUUUGAGGCUGUGCUGUUUGGUACCUUCCUGCUGUGUAUCCCUGUGCUACUGACCGCCUGUAUGAUCUACGCCUGCUACACCCUAGGAUACACGGCCCUCAUAGGAGUCUCUGUCUACCUCGUCUUCAUCCCCAUACAGUUUUUCAUGGCCAGACUGAUCCAAGUGUUCAGGAGGAAAGCGGUGAGCGUCACAGACACCCGUGUCCGCACCAUGAACGAGGUUCUCACCUGCAUCAAACUCAUCAAGAUGUACGCCUGGGAAACCUCCUUCGAAGAGAAAAUCACAGACAUCAGGAAGAAUGAGAAGCAGCUGCUGGAGAUGGCUGGCUACAUCCAGAGUAUCAACUCCUCCAUCACAACCAUCAUCCCCACCCUGGCAACCAUCCUCACCUUCGUUGUCCACACCAUGCUGGGCCUGCCCCUCAGCUCCUCGGAAGCUUUUACCACAAUCGCCAUCUUUAACUCCAUGCGGUUCUCCCUGGGUUUGCUGCCGUUCUCUGUCAAAGCCAUAGCCGAGGGACUGGUAUCGCUAGCCCGGCUAAAGAAACUGCUGAUGACACAGAACCCAGACUCGUACCUGGUCCAGAGACACGGGUCCUCCUCGGCCCUGGUCAUGGAGAAGGCAACAUUCACCUGGGCCAGGCCUGAAGGACAGACAACCACUACGACACCAGGCACCACAGCCUCUCUGAACGGAGGGAAGGUGGAACCACAGGGCCAGAACGGGACUCACACACUGGGCAAGACCGAGGCCAAGCCCACCCUGAGAAACAUCUCCUUCAACCUGCCUAAGGGAAACCUGCUUGGUAUCUGUGGCAAUGUUAAGGGGAUGCACCUGCAGCAUGGUUCAGUCACAGCAGACGGAGAGUUUGCCUACGUUUCCCAGCAGGCCUGGAUCUUCCACGGUACGGUCCAAGACAAUAUCUUGAUGGGGGAACCCUUCAACCAGACCAGGUAUGACAAAGUCAUCAGUGCCUGUAGCCUGAUACCAGAUCUGGCUAUUCUUCCCUAUGGCGAUCAAACUGAGAUAGGUGAGCGAGGCCUGAACCUGUCUGGCGGUCAGAAGCAGAGGAUCAGUCUGGCCAGAGCGGUCUACUCCAACAAAGACAUCAUCCUGCUGGACGACCCUCUGUCUGCGGUGGACGCCCACGUAGGGAAACACAUCUUUGAGGAGUGUAUCAAGAAGACCCUGAAGGGGAAGAGUAUUAUCCUGGUCACCCAUCAACUACAGUAUCUGGAGUUCUGUGAUGAGAUACUGGUGUUGGAGAGUGGAAAGAUAAAGGAGGCAGGGACACACAAAGCUCUGAUGAAAGCUAAAGGCCGAUACGCACAGAUGAUCAACAACUUCCAGAUGGAGCAUUCACCGGAACAACCGGAGGAGCAGCCGACACAACCAGACCCCAUCGACAUGAAGGAGAAGAACCUGGAUGAUCACAAGGGAAAAGGACUAGAAAACCCAGCUUUUGACAUGUCUGAUGAGACACCAGACGAGUCGGGAGGCCGUCGAUCGCUAUCACAUGAUGUCAGCGGGUACAUACUGCUGUCUCUCAUCAUCAUCAUCUUCAUCUGCUUGGUGGGGACCACUGCCUUCAGCAACUGGUGGCUCAGCUACUGGCUGGAGCAGGGAUCAGGGACAGCAAACGUGUCGAAUUCCACCACAGGGAACAUCUCCCUGAACCCUGACCUGAGCUUCUACCAGAUGAUUUACGGCCUGGUGGUGGUGGCCAUGCUGGUCUUCAGCUUCAUCAAGGGCUACUCUUUCACCAAAGUCACGUUGCACGCAUCCUCCAAGCUACACGACACCAUCAUCUUUGACACCACCCCAACGGGACGGAUGGUGAACCGUUUUUCCAAGGACCAGGAUGAGGUGGAUACCAUGCUGCCCUUCAACAUGGAGAACUUCCUGCAGUUCUGCCUGAUGGUCACCUACACCAUCGUCACCAUCUCAUUUAAGGAGAUGAGCGACAACAACUCCAACCACUUCCUGUUGUUUUACUGUGGGACACGCUGGCUGUCCUUCUGGCUGGACUUUCUGUCUGCCUCAGUCACUCUGCUGGUGGCUCUGUUCGUGGUGCUCAGUUCUCCUGAUACCAUCAGCCCUGCUAUGAAGGGCCUGGCACUAUUUAAGGAGAUGAGCGACAACAACUCCAACCACUUCCUGUUGUUUAACUGUGGGACACGCUGGCUGUCCUUCUGGCUGGACUUUCUGUCUGCCUCAGUCACUCUGCUGGUGGCUCUGUUCGUGGUGCUCAGUUCUCCUGAUACCAUCAGCCCUGCUAUGAAGGGCCUGGCACUAUUUAAGGAGAUGAGCGACAACAACUCCAACCACUUCCUGUUGUUUAACUGUGGGACACGCUGGCUGUCCUUCUGGCUGGACUUUCUGUCUGCCUCAGUCACUCUGCUGGUGGCUCUGUUCGUGGUGCUCAGUUCUCCUGAUACCAUCAGCCCUGCUAUGAAGGGCCUGGCACUGUCAUACACCAUACAGUUGACAGGUAUGCUCCAGUACGUGGUAAGGCUGUCUACGGAGCUGGAGGCCAAGUUCCUGUCAGUGGAGAGACUACAGGAGUACAUCGAGGGUUGUGUCUCUGAGGCGCCCAGGAGAGUUAAAGACGCCCUCAUCCCAGAGGGUUGGCCUCAUAAAGGGGCCAUCUCCUUUAAGGACUACACGAUGAGGUACAGAGAGAACACCCCCAUCGUGCUCAAUGGACUACAGCUCAACAUCCAGCCCAGGGAGAAGCUGGGCAUCGUGGGGAGGACAGGCUCCGGCUCUGGUAAGACCUCCGUCCAACUCAUUGUCAGAGUUGAACUGGUCUGUACUAUGUGUCUAUGCCUGCUGCUGGUGGCUAAGUGUAUUUCACAGGCUCUGGUAAGACCUCCGUCCAACUCAUUGUCAGAGUUGAACUGGUAUGACAAAGUCAUCCGUGCCUGUAGCCUGAUACCAGAUCUGGCUAUUCUUCCCUAUGGCGAUCAAACUGAGAUAGGUGAGCGAGGCCUGAACCUGUCUGGCGGUCAGAAGCAGAGGAUCAGUCUGGCCAGAGCGGUCUACUCCAACAAAGACAUCAUCCUGCUGGACGACCCUCUGUCUGCGGUGGACGCCCACGUAGGGAAACACAUCUUUGAGGAGUGUAUCAAGAAGACCCUGAAGGGGAAGAGUAUUAUCCUGGUCACCCAUCAACUACAGUAUCUGGAGUUCUGUGAUGAGAUACUGGUGUUGGAGAGUGGAAAGAUAAAGGAGGCAGGGACACACAAAGCUCUGAUGAAAGCUAAAGGCCGAUACGCACAGAUGAUCAACAACUUCCAGAUGGAGCAUUCACCGGAACAACCGGAGGAGCAGCCGACACAACCAGACCCCAUCGACAUGAAGGAGAAGAACCUGGAUGAUCACAAGGGAAAAGGACUAGAAAACCCAGCUUUUGACAUGUCUGAUGAGACACCAGACGAGUCGGGAGGCCGUCGAUCGCUAUCACAUGACGUCAGCGAGUCUAAGGACCAGCUAGUGACUCAGGAGGGUUCUCAGGAGGGUUCUGUUGCCUGGAGGACCUACCACCAGUACUGUAAAGCUGCAGGAGGGUACAUACUGCUGUCUCUCAUCAUCAUCAUCUUCAUCUGCUUGGUGGGGACCACUGCCUUCAGCAACUGGUGGCUCAGCUACUGGCUGGAGCAGGGAUCAGGGACAGCAAACGUGUCGAAUUCCACCACAGGGAACAUCUCCCUGAACCCUGACCUGAGCUUCUACCAGAUGAUUUACGGCCUGGUGGUGGUGGCCAUGCUGGUCUUCAGCUUCAUCAAGGGCUACUCUUUCACCAAAGUCACGUUGCACGCAUCCUCCAAGCUACACGACACCAUGUUCAGAAACAUCCUGAACAGCCCCAUGAGUUUCUUUGACACCACCCCAACGGGACGGAUGGUGAACCGUUUUUCCAAGGACCAGGAUGAGGUGGAUACCAUGCUGCCCUUCAACAUGGAGAACUUCCUGCAGUUCUGCCUGAUGGUCACCUACACCAUCGUCACCAUCUCGGCCGUGUUCCCUCCCCUACUCAUCGCCAUCACGCUGCUGGGAGCCAUCUUUACCCUCAUACUCUAUAUAUUCCAGAGGAGCAUCAGAGAGAUGAAGAGGAUGGAGAACGUGAGUCGUUCCCCCUGGAUCUCCCUGACCACCUCCACCAUCCAGGGCCUCACUACCAUCCACGCCUACAACAAGAGAGAGCAGUACAUCCAGCAAUUUAAGGAGAUGAGCGACAACAACUCCAACCACUUCCUGUUGUUUUACUGUGGGACACGCUGGCUGUCCUUCUGGCUGGACUUUCUGUCUGCCUCAGUCACUCUGCUGGUGGCUCUGUUCGUGGUGCUCAGUUCUCCUGAUACCAUCAGCCCUGCUAUGAAGGGCCUGGCACUGUCAUACACCAUACAGGUAGAGUCUAAUACAAUAUUUAAGGAGAUGAGCGACAACAACUCCAACCACUUCCUGUUGUUUAACUGUGGGACACGCUGGCUGUCCUUCUGGCUGGACUUUCUGUCUGCCUCAGUCACUCUGCUGGUUGCUCUGUUCGUGGUGCUCAGUUCUCCUGAUACCAUCAGCCCUGCUAUGAAGGGCCUGGCACUAUUUAAGGAGAUGAGCGACAACAACUCCAACCACUUCCUGUUGUUUAACUGUGGGACACGCUGGCUGUCCUUCUGGCUGGACUUUCUGUCUGCCUCAGUCACUCUGCUGGUUGCUCUGUUCGUGGUGCUCAGUUCUCCUGAUACCAUCAGCCCUGCUAUGAAGGGCCUGGCACUAUUUAAGGAGAUGAGCGACAACAACUCCAACCACUUCCUGUUGUUUAACUGUGGGACACGCUGGCUGUCCUUCUGGCUGGACUUUCUGUCUGCCUCAGUCACUCUGCUGGUGGCUCUGUUCGUGGUGCUCAGUUCUCCUGAUACCAUCAGCCCUGCUAUGAAGGGCCUGGCGCUGUCAUACACCAUACAGUUGACAGGUAUGCUCCAGUACGUGGUAAGGCUGUCUACGGAGCUGGAGGCCAAGUUCCUGUCAGUGGAGAGACUACAGGAGUACAUCGAGGGUUGUGUCUCUGAGGCGCCCAGGAGAGUUAAAGACGCCCUCAUCCCAGAGGGUUGGCCUCAUAAAGGGGCCAUCUCCUUUAAGGACUACACGAUGAGGUACAGAGAGAACACCCCCAUCGUGCUCAAUGGACUACAGCUCAACAUCCAGCCCAGGGAGAAGCUGGGCAUCGUGGGGAGGACAGGCUCCGGUAAGAACACCGUCCAACUCAUUGUCAGAGUUGAACUGGUCUGUACUAUGUGUCUAUGCCUGCUGCUGGUGGCUAAGUGUAUUUCACAGGCUCUGGCUCUGGUAAGACCUCCGUCCAACUCAUUGUCAGAGUUGAACUUGUCUGUACUAUGUGUCUAUGCCUGCUACUGGUGGCUCACUGUAUUUCACAGGCUCUGCGUGACACAUCUCCUUCGCAUCGUGUUGAUUGCGGCCGGCUGGAAUGUCGAACCACUCCUCUUCAACGGGAAGUGGCUGGAUAUUGGCGGGAACUGGAACACGUUAUCGGACAUGUUGAUCCUGAGCAUUCCAAACAUACUCAAUGGCGUGACACAUCUCCUUCGCAUCGUGUUGAUUGCGGCCGGCUGGAAUGUCGAACCACUCCUCUUCAACGGCUGUGGGAAGUGGCUGGAUAUUGGCGGGAACUGGAACACGUUAUCGGACAUGUUGAUCCUGAGCAUUCCAAACAUACUCAAUGGGUGA